AUGGCCGGCGUGAGGGCCGCCAUGUUGGGGCUGGUGGGGCCGCUGAGGGCGGCCUUCUCGUCCUCCUUUUCGUCCUCCAUUUUGUCCUCCUUCUCCUCAUCCUGCCAUGGCCGCCUUUCCCUUCCGUCCCGGGCCGCCUCCCCGGGGGCGAGGAGGCUGCUGAGCGCGUCGGCCGGGGCCCGCUCAGAAGAUAAAAUAACCAUCCACUUUAUAAACCGUGAUGGUGACAAAUUAACAACUAAAGGAGAAGUUGGUGAUACCUUGCUAGAUGUUGUUGUCAAUAAUAAUCUAGACAUUGAUGGAUUUGGGGCUUGUGAAGGUACUCUGGCUUGUUCGACCUGUCACCUCAUCUUCGAGAACCACAUAUAUGAGAAGCUGGAUGCCAUCACCGACGAGGAGAAUGACAUGCUUGAUCUGGCCUAUGGACUGACUGACACAUCCCGUUUGGGCUGCCAAAUCUGUUUGACCAGAGCCAUGAACAAUAUGACCGUCCGAGUCCCCGAAGUGGUGGCUGACGCCAGACAGGCUGUAGAUUUGGGGAAAAACUCAUAGAACGCAGUCACCGGGGGUGAUUUUGUCAGAUUUUGACAAAGCGUUUUUGUAACUUAAUGGGACCUUGGAAAAUUAAGUUUAAAUGGUUAAUACUUGUAUUGAUUUUAAUACUUGCUGUUUUGAUUUGCCUUUAUCAAUCAAUGAGAUUUUAUGAUCCCGAAAAAUGAGGCACGAUUAUAUUUUUGCAUUUUUCUGGUUCACUGUCGAGAGUUUAAAUUGGUUACUAGACAGACCGUCAUGAGGCACCGCUAGUUGUAUCUGAAAUGUUUCCCCAAAUCAAAUAGGCUGUUUCAUUUAGAGAUCAAUCAAAAUAUUUUUUUUUAAAAGCCAGGGGAACUAGGCGUCCUAUUAGACAGUAAUAAGCCAAACAAAUGGAUGUCAUAGUACAGAAAAAGCAAACACAUUUUUAGUGAACGAUUACAUUCCUAAUGGUAUUAGAGCAGAUUUCGAGGUAAAUUAUCUGCCUUUGAAUACAAUUUACAGUCUUGUCAGAUUGGGGCUCCGAAUGCUGUGAGUUUGACUACAGGGUGUGGUGUGUCGCCCGUGGAAAUGAGUGAUCCUUGAAUUCAGACAGGAGAAAUACUUGGAAUACUAAAUUCUUCAGUAUUUUCCUUUCCAGAGGAGAAAUUUUAAACUUCUGUCAAUUCGUCUCAGUCCCCUUAGUUUGAAGUCUCAGUCUCUCCCAGAGUGGAAUGAUUGAUCCUUGAAUUCAGAUAGGAGGAAUACUUGGAGUACUAAAUUCUUCAGUAUUUUCCUUUCCAGUGGAGAAAUUUUCAACUUCUGUCAUUUCGUCUCAGUCCCCUUAGUUUGACGUCUCAAUCUCUCCCGGGGUGGAAUGACUGAUCCUUGAAUUCAGAUAGGAGGAAUACUUGGAAUACUAAAUUCUUCAGUAUUUUCCUUUCCAGUGGAGAAAUUUUCAACUUCUGUAAUUUCGUCUGAGUCCCCUUAGUUUGAAGUCUCAGUCUCUCCCAGAGUGGAAUCUUCUUUCAUAAUCAUUGUGAUUUUUCUGACUGGACGCUAGAGGAAGGGAAACCAGAAUGACUUUCUGAGGAUAUUUCGGCUAUUUACUCAUAGCAAUGCCUGGAAACAGUUUGGAGUCUUGUGGAGGGCUUUGUAGUACAACUGAAUUUUAAUUCACUGCUAUAAUUAAACCGUAAAGAUUGGUACAGUUUUUUUCCCCUAUGUAAUGCCUGUGAACCGCUGAUACUGAAACCCGGUGAAUCUUAGAGGCCAUCUCCGUCCUGAGUAAUAAGCAUCGGGAGUGGGAAAUUGUGCCCAGCUGUUAAUAAUAAUUAAUGGUACUUGUUAAGCACUUACUAUAUGCCAAGCAGUGGGGCAGAUACAAGUUAAUCAUGCAGAGGAGCCUGAGAAUUGAUGACAGAGAUGUUUCAAAUAUUCUGAACACACAUUUUGAAGCAGUGAAAUGCUCACGCAGCAGCUCAAGCUUACUUGGUUUAAGAAAACAAUGUGCAAAUUGGAUCGGCUCACUCUUUCUGGACUUCACACUGUUUCUCUAAGAGUAAGAGAACAAAGAAAACUUGAAUCCGAGAUGUUGGUGAUGGCUUGUGCUUAAAGCCCACACUUUUGUUUUCAUUUGUUUUAGACUGUGAGCCCACUGUUGGGUAGGGACUGUCUCUAUAU